AUGAGGUCAAUGGAGGUGUCACUUUACAAUGAUCUCAUCGUCUUUUACAAUACCUCUUGCGCUUUUGAAACAAAGAAGAAAAUCCUCAUGAAGCAUGUAAUAUCACCAUUGUAUGAUCAGAUAUUCAGACAAACAAAUUAUGUUGUAGAGUUGGAUCAACUCUAUUACAAACCUAAAAAUGCAACAAUGAUCAAGAUUCAACAUACUACAUCAAACAAGAUAAUAUGGGAGUAUCAUUCAACUAAUGAUCAUCCAGAUUCUAUCACUAUGAAAUCUACUUUAAUUCAAGAUGGAUAUUAUUGGCCUUCAAUGGAAAAGGAUAUAGAGACAUUUGAUGAAUGUGAAGCAUGUCAUCCUCGAGUUGUAGUUGAUUGUCAAUCGAUAGAGACUAUACUGGUAUCUCUACAAGACUUGCAGAUUAAAUGUGAUUUCAAAAAUGAUAGAUCGAGUCAGCUAACAAGUUUGGAGGCAACUAUUAAAAGUAUGGGAGAACCAUUCUUAAGAAUUUUCGAGUAUCUCCCCAAUAUAGCAUAUUUUGGAAACGAUAAAACAAAGAUGAAACAAUACUAUGACUCUACAAAGAACCCAAUUAGCAUCAAUAUCAUUAGAAAUUUUGUUUUAAACAAAGCAAAUACAUCACCUCUUUUGAUAAUGUCCUAUUUGGUAACGAUGGCUAUGAACGCAACCAAAUUUGAUCCACUUGGAGUACACUCGAGAUUAACAACAUCAUUCCUUAUUGAAUUUUCAAAACAACAAUUGGAUGAAGACAUCAAAACAGAGAUUGGAUCAAUGCGAAACAAUUUUUUGGUUAUAAGACAAGAGAUGAUCAACAAUGAAAAAUCCAAUCAAAAUCCUCUUCCUCCUCCUUCUCCUACUCCUCCUCCUACUCCUCCUCCUGUAAAUAAUAAUAAUAAUAAGAUAGAUAACAGUAAUAAUAAUAAGAGAAAAAGACCAAUUUGCCCAAAUAGACUUAUAAUAGAAUUAGAUGGGCCAGAUGAAUCAUCCAACUCUUGUGAUUUGGACAAUGGUGAUGACCAUCAUCAUCAUCAACAUACAGACACACCUUUGAAAAAAUUAAAACAACCUCUAAGCUACAAGGCUGUAAAAAAUAUGAAACUACCCGAUAACCUUGUUGAACCAUUCUUGGCAGAAGUUGAUAUAGAUGCAAAGAGAAUAUUCGACAUUUUAUUUUAUCCAUCAACUUGUACAAGUUUUAAAAUGAACAAAAUAUCAAGGCAUUUGGGAUCUGUUCUUGUUAUACCAACUUAUCUCAUUCGGACUUUGUUUCGAUCAUGUCAAUUAUACCAAAAUCAUGGAACAAAAAUAUUUAAAAGAACACACUUUUUUGAAAGAGAAGAAGUGGAACUAUUGAAACUCAAAGAAUCAAUUCAUGGCGCCUUCAUGAGAUACUAUGAACAACAAAUUCACAUUCCAUCACCACCAUUAGAGGAAACGAAAAAUGUAAAUAAUAAUAAUAAUAAUAAUAAUAAUAAUAAUAAUAAUAACCCUUUAAAUGAUGAUGCACACGACAAUCCUUCUCCGAUAGAAAUAGACAUUGUCAAUGAAAUCAACGAUACGAUUGAAAAUUUUCAAGAUCAAGAACAAGAAAAAGAACAUGAGCAAGAAUUAGUACAAGAACAAGAACAACAAUUAGAACAGGGACGAGUACAAGAACUAGUACAAGAGCAAGAACAACAAUUAGAACAAGAACACCAACCAGAACAACAACCAGAACAAGAGAAAGAACAGGAAGAACAACACAUAGAACAAGAGGAACAAGAACGACAACAACAACAACAGCCACCACAACCACAACAAGAACAUGAACAAGAACAUCAACAACAACAAAAACAACAAAGAAAUGGUACAGAAUAUAUAGCAACAAUUCUUUUUAAUAUUAGUACAGCAAUAUCAAAUCUUUCUGAUAGAUUUGAAAUAUUGGAAGAAAGAGUUGAUAAUCGAUUGGGUAAAAUAGAAUCAAGAAUCCAAGAACACCAUAACAUUUUAAAAAAGAUGGAUGGAACUAUAUAA